AUGCUGCAAAGGUUCCUUGAAUACAUCGGCCCAGAACGGGUCAAGUCUUUCGUCUCGGUCGAGGUUUCUCAACAGUAUGCUGUCUCUUCCAGGAAAGCGUACCAUCUGUUGUCUCCUGCAAGUGGUCUCGCAAAGCUCGAACUCGAGUACUGGCACAGGUACUAUGGUUACUCUUCUCGGCCGGAUUGGCCUUCUAUCCUAUUGCCGUUGAUGCAGUCUCUCUGCUCAGAAGGCGGCAAAAGUCGAGAGGAGGCCUAUGAUAUCGUCACAAUUCCAGGUGCGGUGACAGGUCGUUGCAUGACACAUGGUCAUUUCAUCGCACGUGUCAACAAGGAUUGCGAUAAGGAAGUGAGGGCUUAUGAUGACUUCUACAAGAAGUUGCGCAAUGAUCUAGAUAGCGCCAUGGACAAAGCCGAUGCAAAGAAGGAGGCGAUCAAAAGGGGUUCGCCGGUCAAGACUAGGUCUGGGCGUAAGACGAAGGCGGUCGAUUACUCAGGUAUGGAGGAGGAAUAA